UUUUUAUUCUUAUUUUAUUUCACUAAGUGUUUUCUACAAUUCUUUUCAUGGCCAAUAAUAUUUUUCCAAAUAGUAUAAAAGAUGCCCCUAAGUGUAGAAUAUGUUUGGAAAAGGUAAUUGACAAUGCUGGGAGAUCUAUCACAAAACUUAGCUGUGAACACUUAUUUCACACAGACUGUAUUGGGUCCGAGUUCAAUGCAAGGGGGAUUAUGAUAUGCCCCCACUGCCAAGUUGUCGAAGAAAAAGGGAAUUGGGUGCGAUUUUCAAACUUUGGAGUUGAGGAAGAGACUAACGAAAAGGGCAAAUAUUGUGAAGAACAACUAAUAACACCUGAAGAAGAGUUGGAGCUUCCUGCAACGAUCAAAAUGUAUGAUGGAAAUACUAGCAAUAUGAGUAAUGAGAUGGAGACAGAAGACCCUAGGGCAGAUAGAGUUGUCCUAAUGGACAGAAUGAUGAAGCUUAUUCGCCAACAAAAAGAAUGUAUUCAGUACUUAUGCAAACAAUUGCAUAUUCCUUCUCCUCCGGCAAUUUCUCCGAAGAUGAUAGAUCAUAAGCAAAUCUUUUUCUCGGGAUCAAAUUCUGCGCCGGAUCCCAUGAGUCAUAGAGUAUCCACUUCGCACGAGCAGACUCACACAAUACCGUCCGUGGAGCUCACCGAGCUCACAUGUACUUCACUCGGUAGGGAUGGUCACCCAUUGUCUUGUCAAUGUUCUUGUUGUCGUUCGUCUGCAAGAAAGACACGUUUAUGAAAAAUAUUUAUGUAAAAUAACCAUCAAAUAUGAUGUUUAUGGAUGGCUGUUCUAUAAAUUUUUUGAAUUAUAGGAUCAAAUCUCCG